AUGACCAAAGCUCUGUUUCUUACUUUAUACUUAAAAACUGUAUUCACUGAUUAUGUAUUUAUCUUGGAUCCUGAACAGCCAUUCAUUGUCACAGAAUUUGAGGUUUCAGAAAUAAAAUAUGAAGCAAAGGCGGUAUUCUGGCAGGGUGCUUGGUUUUAAUUCCUUCUGUUAACUUCGAUCAUUUAGGCUUAUUCUAUUGGGAUCCUAGAUAGCUAUUGUUAUCAUUUAUAUAGCGUAAACUUUAAAAAUGUUAUAUUAUGA